AUGUACGUCUCUUCGCCUUUUAAUUUCUUCCUUAAAGCUUCUUUGCCCGAAAAAAAAGUCGUUCCAAUUCUGAUCGGUAGUUUCCGAGAUAUUGGGCCUCAAAGUUUCCAAAAUCUGACUCACACUUUUCCACCUGUUUAUCAUUGUUUAGCUACAGCCAUUCUCGCCGUUACAAUCGCAGUUUUAUUAUCACUACAUUCAUACAAUUGUAACCAUAAUAACAACAACAAUAAUAAUAAUAAUCACGUGACAAUCACGUGGUGCAUCACGAGGUAUAUUACGUCAUCGUACGUCAUAAUAUUUGCCGCGGUAAUUGUGAUGUUGGUGUUGCUAGAUGCAUUCGUAAACGGAUGCCACUACGAUUACAUGAAUGAAUCACGACAGAGAAAAGAUGGAAUGUUAAGGAAAAAAUCUUUCAACAAGUGGUUACUCUACAACAUGCUACCGAAGCGAGUGGCUCGGCACUACUUCAACAUCUUCAGAAGCGGCAACAACUUGAAAUUAACUGAGGAUCUGUAUAGCGAGGACUGCAGCAGGGCGUGUGUCCUAUUUGCAACAGUUUUCAAUUUCUUUGACACAUUUUACGUUGAAGACUUCAAAGAGGGCAUUGAAUGUCUGAGAGUUCUCAAUGAAAUCAUUUGUGAUUUUGAUGAAUUGAUUAUCGAGAACAAAAGGUUCCAGAAGUACAUCGAGAAGAUUAAAACAACUGGCUCAACGUAUAUGGCUGUUUCCGAUUUGAGAAGAAAUGAUGACGACGACGAUGAUGAUGACGAUGAUGGUGAUGUUAAAAGUUCGAAAGGCUCAGAUAACAACAACAUCAACAACAAUAUUAAUAACAACAAUAAUAAUAAUAAUAACGACGGUGACGAUGAUGAUUAUGUGUUGGUUAUGGCUGAAUUCGCCUGCUCAAUUUUGCAGAGGUUGCAAGACUUCAACAAACAUUCCUUCAAUAACUCCCAAAUGAGGAUAGCGGGGGUCAUAGGGAUGAGUCGCCCCCAGUUCGACGUCUGGGGAAAUACCGUGAAUGUGGCAAGUCGUAUGGAAAGCUGUGGAGUGGCCGGCCGUUUUUGGAUGACCGGGGAAGUGUACAACAUCCUUUCACGUCACAACUACAAUCUGACCUGCCGUGGAAACAUCGAGGUCAAGGGGAAAGGUCAAAUAAUGACCUACUUACUGGAUAACCGAACGUGA